CAAUGACAUACAGCUAAUAAAGUGAGACACUACUAGCAGCAAUGACAUGUAGAAAAUAGAAACAAGGCUUUCUUAGGAAAUCAGGCACACAAAGGUCAAUGGAGGAAGUUGGAAGCAGAGGCACUGAAAGCCAGAAUGGGUUUUCUAGGAAGGUGGCCUCACCAACAUAUCACCAUGGUUCUACCAGCACUAAUGGCAAUGGUUUGUCCUCAGAGCAUAAUGGUGGAACUGAGUCUCUCCUUGAAAAAACAGGUGAAUUUUCCAAGGGAUAUUCUGGAUUGAAAAAUGGUGUUGAUUUUUGGGAUUCUAAGACAAGUCCUGGACAUGUCACACUGGAUGUUACACUCACAGCAGAAAAUUCUGGCAUUCAAAAUGGUGGCGAAAUUAACCUUGAAGUUGAGGAUAAGUGUAAGAAUGAAGACACCUAUGUUGUUACUCCACCACUCUCCCAGAACUCACUUCAGAACCAAAAUGCAAAGGAUAUUUCUAUCAAAAUAGAAAGUGAACUGAAAGAGACAGAACUGUAUCUUGAAACACUAUACAAGAAACCUGGCAAACACGAUUUCUACUGCCCUAAUUGUAAAGUUUGCAUCGACAAGGUCCUUAUUCGUAGUGAAGAAGUGAAGUGCCCAACAUGCUUCGAAUUCCUCAAACCUAUAGGCGAAUGGAUCUUUGGUGAGUGGAAAUCUUCUAAACGAGAAAAUGAUCCUGAGAUUCCACGUGAUGACAAAAGGCCAUAUAAUAGUGCAAUCACAAGUUUAGGUGUUGUUAUAUCUGUCGCCAGUGCUGAUGCCGCUACAAAAAAUGAUCGCGAGAUUCCACACAUUGACAAAAGUCCAUAUAAUAAUGCAGCACCACCAUCAACUAGUGCAAUCACAAGUUUAAGUGCUGUUCCAUUUGCAGCCAGUGCAGAUGCUGCCACAAAAAAUGAUCCUGAGAUUCCAUGCGAUGACAAAAAGGCAAAUAAUAAUGUGGCACCACCAUCACCUGGUUCAAUCACAAGUUUAAGUGUUGGGCCAACUGCAGUAAGUGCUGAUGCUGCUUCAAAAAAUGAUCAUAAGAUUCCAUCCGAUGACAAAAUGGCAAAUAAUAAAGUGCAAGUGCAAACAGCACCACCACUAUCUCCACCGUUGACAUCGCCACCACCUCCUGCUAGUGCAGUAAAGCAUGAAAUCCUGAAAAGUAUUGUAUUCGGUGGUUUAACUGAGUCAAUCACAAGUUUAGGUGUUGUGACAUCUGCAGCCAGUGCUGAUGCUACUACAAUGAACAUUAUAGCCUUGGCAUUGGCAAACCUAGUUGGUGGACUUUUCGUCAUUGGUCAUAAUCUUAAGGAAUUGAAGAAUGAUCCAUCCAGAGUGGCCUCGAAUGGAACAGAAGAAGAAGUGGAUCGGUACCAAGAAGUAUUGGGGCAGAAAAGGAAUUUCAUUCUUCAUGCCUCAGUUGCCAUAUUAUCCUUCCUUGUAUUUGGCUUAGUGCCCCCUGUGGUCUAUGGCUUCUCCUUUUAUGAGAGUGACAAUAGGGACCUUAAGCUUGCAGCAGUUGCAGCAGCUUCUCUUUUAUGCAUCACACUACUUGCCAUUGUGAAGGCUUACAUCCAAAAGCCAACCGAUUGGUACAACUAUAUCACAAAUAUAUUGUACUACUUGGCAAUUGCGCUUGGGGUCUCUGGCAUUUCUUUCUUAGCAGGUUACUUGGUUAGAAAACUCAUUGAGAAGCUCGGUUGGUUUGAGUCAAAUGUAGCUGCCACUCUGUCCCUUCCUGAGAUGAAUUUAGUGAAACCUGCUUGGGCAUCCUACUGAUUUCAUGGGAUCCAAACAUGUUAUUGAUGCCACGUGGCUGCAAACAUCAUCAUUAGCAAAUAAAAAUUCUUUGUUCCACA